AUGGCCAAUCGCAAUUUCAGCAGCCCCAAUACCCACCAGGUCCAGGCGGAUACGGACAAGUUCGUUGAUCUUUCACACAUGGGACCCCCACCCGGUCAAGCUCCUUAUCCAGGCGGCCCACCACCACCACAGCAACAGUAUGGAGGCCCCGGCGGUCCCCAAGGCGGCCCUGGCGGCCCUGGUGGCCCGCCGCCCGCACCUGUUGGCAAUGUAGGCGGCUAUAAGCAACUCCUGCAGCAAGCAAUUCAAGAGAAAGGACUCCACAACUUCUAUCCUCCCAACAGCCCUGCACUUGAUCACAUUGCCAACCGGGCCACACAGCAAGUCGCGCAGCUCGCACAAACAUGGCGCAUCAGCACGGAAAUUGCUUCUGAUAUUGUCAAGCUUGCUCUCUAUGACGUCAUCCUUUACAUUGACGACAGCGGUAGCAUGCAAUUUGAAGAGAAUGGUGAACGAAUUGACGAUCUCAAGUUGAUAUUGUCGCGUGUUGCAUAUGCCACAUCUCUCUUCGAUGAGGACGGCAUUCAAGUCCGUUUCAUGAAUUCGACCGAUCAAGGCAAUGGUAUCCGCAGCGAACAGCAAGUGAAUGAGAUGAUUGGCCGAACCCGAUUCUGCGGCUUGACCCCCAUGGGUCGUGAGUUGCAGAACAAAAUUCUAGGCCCGUUGGUCCUCCAAAAUGCUCGCAACGGAAGCCUUCGCAAGCCAAUCUUGGUUAUUACCAUCACUGAUGGCCAACCCACCGGUGAAAGCUCCUCUGAUUUGGCUAAGAUCAUCAAAAAUGCUUCUGAUGAGCUUUCUCGCAAUCCUCGGUACGGUAAGGGUGCGUUGGCAUUCCAAUUCGCCCAGGUCGGAAAUGAUCUCAAGGCUCGGGAGUUCCUGAGCAAGCUGGACGAGGAACCGACUAUUGGAGAUAUCAUUGACUGCACAUCCAAUUACGAGGUUGAGGCCGAUGAAAUGUCACGUGCAAACCCACCAGUCCAAUUGUCACCGGAACUCUGGCUCAUCAAGCUUCUUCUCGGUAGCAUCGACUCGAGCUACGACUCUAAGGAUGAGAAGAGUAACGCUCCACGACCUCCACCGCAAGGUGGCUAUGGUGGUCCUCCUCAACAGGGGGGAUACGGUCAACCACCAUAUGGGCAACAACAGGGUGGUUAUGGUGGUCCUCCACCGGGUCAAGGCGGCUAUGGUGGUCCUCCUCCUCAGCAGGGAGGAUAUGGACAACCACCAUAUGGACAGCAACAGGGUGGUUAUGGCGGUCCACCACCCGGCCAGGGUCAAGGUCAGUACGGCAAACCAGCCCAGGGAGGUCCUGGUGGAUAUCCUGGUCAGCAAGGCGGCUAUGGUGGUGGUGCUCCUCCCCCACCGAGGUACUAA